AUUUCCCUUCCUCUACCAAGUCACAAAGAUCAGGAUGGAGGUUGGGAUAGGCAUGGCUCUGUGGGUGAAAGGGAUCAUACUUUUGACCUGCCUGGAAGGCUAUGUCUCUUCCAGUCCUAUCCACAAAAACGAUACCAUGAAAGAAGUCAUCUCACAGCUUCAUUCUCUAAAUACAAACCCAAAACAGCUAUCCUGCAAUUCAAGUAUGGUGUGGCAAGUCAACUUUAGAAAGGAAAAGCCUUGUGCAGCAUUGGAAGUCCUAAAUAACAUUACCAACUGCCCAAAAAUCGAACCACUUAAGAGAAACAUGCAGUUUCUUCUGGGCAACAGCAGUAGCAAUGAAAACUGCCUCGAGGUUCAAGACACCAAGAUCCAGCUGAGUAGGUUUCUGAAGGACCUAUACAAUUUUUUGUUGAAGAAUAAUAGAGAUGGAAUAUUGAAACCAAGUCUGGGAAACUUUACUAAAGAAUGAGAGCCCAAGCCCACAUCUCCAGAUGGAAGCUAUGAAGAUUCAUCCUACAGACUAACUUUCACUUUAGGCACAUUUCUCAGUGGGGGAGGGGAAGGGAUAUGAAGGGGAGGGGGAGGGGAAGAGAGAUUUGCUUAGCUUAGCCCUCAGCCUGCACUGCCCCAUCUCAGGAAAACUGAAUUCAAAUUACACUUUGCUCUCAGGUCUCCAAAGGGCUUCUUUCUUUCUCAAAGAAGGGGUUCCUGUGAAGCUUACUGAGCCUCAGCCCUGCUCCCGUCUAGACCUCCCCACUACCAUCUAAGGCACAGCUUCCGGCUGCUCUGGACUUGACAACCAAGAGCCCUGGCCAGCCCCCAGCCUGGGUUGGAGGAGUUUAGACUUCUGUGGCUUGGAAAAACAAAAACCAAAACAAAAAAGAUAUGCAUUUCUUGUUUGAUUUGGCAGCAUUACCCAGCACUACCCUCUCCUAACUGGGCAGUCCAGGAGGAGGGGACACUUUUCUGA